AUGGAUGAGGCCCAUUUUGGCUACUCAUUCAAGUACCUGAAGAACAAGCCAGUGAAGGAGCUGAACGGAGAUCAGUUUUUAAAGAUGUGCCAGGCCGAGGAGGAGGGACUUCUCACCAUUGACAUUUGCAUCGACCUCAUAGGGGUCAAAGGGUAAGCGGAUGUGUUUCUCAUUAUAGACAUUUGCAUUGACAUCAUAAGAGUCAAAGGGUAAGGUGAGGGCAUCAACCUCAUAGGGGUCAAAGGGUGUUGGGAAAACAACCUUUGAGUUAACCUUUGUCUCCUAGAAUGUUUCUUUGGUUUGUUCAGGACAAAGCUAAAGGCUUCGGCUCAACUAUAUCCUUCUGCUCAAACCUUCUCCAGGGAUUCUUUAUUUUUGGUUCAGAUUUUGGUUCAUAAUAAUGUUUCUCUCUUCCUAUCCCCCCCCCCCCCAGGUUUGCAGGUGACCAGAUGUACUUUGAUGAGAUCAAGCAGUUCUAUUACAGAGAUGAGUUCAGCCACCAGGUGCAGGAGUGGAACCGACAGAGGACCCUGGCCAUCGAACGCUCCCUCACACAGUUCCUCUACCCUCAGAUGGCCAAGGAACUCAAGAACAAACUCAUCGCAGAGUCCAAGGACAACAUCAUCAAGGUAUAUACUUGAUAGCAUUACAGCACACCUAGCUACAUCCAGGACUCCGUAUCAUGUAUUCCAUAUAAUGGUGAAUACCUCAAGAGUUGGCAUAACUUGAUCAUUGGAGAUUUUUUGUCUUUUCAUGAAAUGGUGAAUUUCAAUUUAGAAGAGCCGAUGAUACAGCGCAUGUUGUGAAUAAACAUCCAUUUCAAGCUUUAGUGUACAUUUGGUCACAGUGGUGUAUAAUUCCUCAUCCGGUUCACCUUUGACCCUAGUCAUGUUGCAGGAGGCUGUAUAACUGGCUUAAGGUGUAGUGUAGGUUGGUUGACACUGUGAUAUUGUGUGUCUGUCCAGUCGUGUUGCAGGAGGCUGUAUAACUGGCUGAAGGUGUAGUGUAGGUUGGUUGACACUGUGAUAUUGUGUGUCUGUCCAGUCGUGUUGCAGGAGGCUGUAUAACUGGCUGAAGGUGUAGUGUAGGUUGGUUGACACUGUGAUAUUGUGUGUCCGUCCAGUCGUGUUGCAGGAGGCUGUAUAACUGGCUGAAGGUGUAGUGUAGGUUGGUUGACACUGUGAUAUUGUGUGUCCGUCCAGUCGUGCUGCAGGAGGCUGUAUAACUGGCUGAAGGUGUAGUGUAGGUUGGUUGACACUGUGAUAUUGUGUGUCCGUCCAGUCGUGCUGCAGGAGGCUGUAUAACUGGCUGAAGGUGUAGUGUAGGUUGGUUGACACUGUGAUAUUGUGUGUCCGUCCAGUCGUGUUGCAGGAGGCUGUAUAACUGGCUGAAGGUGUAGUGUAGGUUGGUUGACACUGUGAUAUUGUGUGUCCGUCCAGUCGUGUUGCAGGAGGCUGUAUAACUGGCUGAAGGUGUAGUGUAGGUUGGUUGACACUGUGAUAUUGUGUGUCUGUCGUGUUGCAGGAGGCUGUAUAACUGGCUGAAGGUGUAGUGUAGGUUGGUUGACACUGUGAUAUUGUGUGUCUGUCGUGUUGCAGGAGGCUGUAUAACUGGCUUAAGGUGUAGUGUAGGUUGGUUGACCCUGUGAUAUUGUGUGUCUGUCCAGUCGUGCUGCAGGAGGCUGUAUAACUGGCUGAAGGUGUAGUGUAGGUUGGUUGACACUGUGAUAUUGUGUGUCCGUCCAGUCGUGCUGCAGGAGGCUGUAUAACUGGCUGAAGGUGUAGUGUAGGUUGGUUGACACUGUGAUAUUGUGUGUCCGUCCAGUCGUGCUGCAGGAGGCUGUAUAACUGGCUGAAGGUGGCUCCCUACAGACCAGACCAGCAGGCGGAGGAGGAGGAGGAUGAUCUGAUGGAUGAGAGUCAAGGAAAAGGCAUCAGAGUCCUGGGAGUGGCCUUCGCAGACAGCAGGUGUGUGUGUGCGUGAAGGGGAAGGCGGUGUGUUAUUAUGUUUUUGUCAAACUUAUUGUAUACCAUAUAUAUUAAUAAUAACUGAAAGUUGUAAUUCUGUUACCAUAGAGACACGCCAGUGUUCUGUUCUCUGAUCAACGGAGAGGGAGAGGUGGUAGACUUUCUCCGUCUGCCUUACUUCCUGAAGAGGAGGAACGCAUGGAGGGAGGACGAGAGGGACAAAAAGGUACUGGACGGACGGACGGCAACAUUCAACAACCUCUCCUCUGCCCUCCUCUCAUGCCAACUUAUCAUUUAGCCAUACAUUCAUCGGAAACAUCACUUCGUCAGUGUAGUUGUAUCAAAAGCUAUACAAGUCUUCUCACUUUGGAAGUAUCAUGUAUUCCAGGAGAUAUUGCAGGCUACACUUUGGGUUUGUUUAUUCAGCUGCUGUCACCAACCUGUUAAUCCUUAGAUGUUGUCUCGUUUUAUUUUGUUCAUCUCAUAGUCUUGUAUUUCAUACUUCCAUUCGUAUGAUUAUUAUGAUGGAGCCUAUUAUUGUAAUGUUUUGUCUCCUCAGCUCCAGGACAUUGAGAACCUAAAGAAGUUCCUGAUCAGUAAGAAACCUCAUGUGGUGGCUGUUGCCGGGGAGAAUAGGUGAGCCUUCUCCAACUACUGACCACAUUUGAGAAACAAAGCCUUUCUCUGUAUGUGCAGAGAGCGCUUAAGAGUUGGUUCUCGUUGGUUUAUUUUUGGAUACCUACGGUGAAGGGCUUUUUUGCGUGUGCGUGUGUGUUACAUGUGCGUGUGUGUAGGGACGCCCACAUGAUAAUGGAGGACAUUAAGAGGACAGUGAGUGAGUUGGAGCAGGAGUCUUCUCUGCCUGCUGUGGGAGUGGAGCUGGUGGACAACGAACUGGCCAUGCUUUACAUGAACAGCAUAAAGUCUCAGGUACACACACACACACACAUAUACACACGCAGUCCACAUGAACUGCAAGAAUGCAUAGCUACGUACACACACACAUCUGAUGACACAUAUCUAACCAUACUCCUGACAUUCUUCCCUCUCUCCUCCUCCCUCGCUCCAGACUGACUUCAGAGACUACCCUCCCCUGCUGCGCCAGGCCGUGUCCGUAGCCAGGAAGAUCCAGGAUCCCUUGGUGGAGUACUCUCAGGUCUGCAGCACAGACGAAGACAUCCUCUGCCUCAAACUACACCCUCUUCAGGUGAGACACUGAGUGUGUGAUGUGUCAUCAGGACCCAUAUUCAUAAAGCCUCAGAGUGGAAGUGCUGAAAUAGCAAUCAUAUAUAUUGUUUAAUUUAGAUCAUAAUGAAUAAGAUUGUAUGGACAUGGGGGACCUGAGCCUAGAUCAGCACUCCUACUAUGAGAUGCUUUUUGAAUACGAGCACUGCUUGAAAAUUGUCAGAGAAAGGUCAUCAAUACUGAGUGGCCUUCGCAGUAAAUUGACUUUCUGGUCCCCAUCUCUCUCCUCCCUCCCCACCUCUCUCCCUCUCUCCCACCUUACCCUCUCAGGAGCAUGUAGUAAAGGACGACCUGCUGAAUGCUCUGUACUGUGAGUUUAUAAACCGGGUCAACGAGGUGGGGGUGGAUGUGAACAGGGCCAUAUCUCACCCCUACACACAGAGCCUGGUCCAGUUCGUCUGUGGCCUCGGACAAAGGAAGGGAUCGCACCUGCUCAAGGUCUGUGUUUGUCUCUUUGUCUCUGAGUGUGUCUGUCUCUCGCUCUCUUUGUCUGUCUGUCUGCAGGUUUUGAGUCAGAGCCGUGUUCAGUAUGUCUGUACACGGUCUGUAUUGUGUCUCGUCCUCUCCACGGCAGUCCUGUGUCAUGCAAAUGUGUAUGUAGACCUUUGUCCUUUGUAAAGGAGCAACGUUAGACAUUUGGACAGUAUUAGUAUACCAAUGAUGUCUCUCCUUCCCAGAUCCUGAAACAAAACAACACUCGUCUGGAGAACCGGACUCAGCUGGUCACCAUGUGUCACAUGGGCCCCAAGGUCUUCAUCAACUGUGCCGGCUUCAUCAGGAUAGACACGGCCUCGCUCGGAGACAGGUACGUGUGUCUCUCUCUCUGUGUGUGUGAAGGGCAAAUAAUUAUAUUGGCUACCUAGAAUGUUCUUCCCACACUGCGUAUUCCUAUGAAAAAAAAUAUAAAAUUUUUGUUUUGUAUUCUCUUGGUAUUAUGUUGGUUCUAACUCAGCCCCUUCCCCCCUCUGCAGUACGGACUCAUACAUCGAGGUUCUGGACGGGUCCAGAGUGCACCCGGAGACGUAUGAGUGGGCCAGAAAGAUGGCGGUGGACGCUCUGGAAUACGAUGAGUCAGCGGAGGACGCCAACCCGGCCGGUGCGCUGGAGGAAAUCCUGGAAAACCCGGAGCGCCUCAAAGACCUGGAUCUGGACGCCUUCGCUGAGGAGCUGGAGAGACAGGUACGGACAGGAGGGGGGGGGGGGGGUGCUCCUGUCUGUUAUAUUGUUCUUACAUCCCCUAAGAACCUUGCUCUCUCCACAUAUACCUUUUGAAUGACCUCUCACAUGUCCUAUCCUUACAUGUUUACUUUAAUAAGAACAAUAUGCCAUACUCACCUUGUCCUCUCCCCUGUAGGGUUACAAACAUAUGUAUAAUAUAUUCACCUUGUUAUCUCUCUUACCUCUGUUCUUUCCUGUAGGGUAAUGGUAACAAGGACAUCACUCUGUAUGAUAUACACUCGCCUACAUAUUUACUUGGACAGUGAAGUUAAAACGUUUCAUUUGGCUCUAUACUCCAGCAUUCUGGAUUUGAGAUGAAAUGUUUCAUAUGAGGCGACAGUACAGAAUGUCACUUUUUAUUUGAGGGCAUACAUAUCUGUUUUACCGUUUAGAAAUGAAAGCGCUUGAGGUAUCUAGUCCCCCCAUUUGAAGGUGUCAUAACUAUUUGCACAAAUUCACUUAUGUGUAUUAAAGUAGUCUAAAGUUUAGUAUUUGGUCCCAUAUUCCUAGCCCGAAAUGACUACUACAUCAAGCUUGUGGCUAGAAACUUGUUGGAUGCAUUUGCAGUUUGUUUUGUUUGUGUUUCAAAUGAUGUUGUGCCCAAUAGAAAUGAAUGGUAAAUAAUGCAUUGUGUCAUUUUGGAGUCAUUUUUAUUGUAGUUAAGAAUAGAAUAUGUUUCUGAACACUUCUACAUUCAUGUGAAUGCUACCAUGAUUACGGAUAAUCAUGAAUGAAUGGUGAAUCAUGAUGAGUGAGAAAGUUACUGAGGGUCAAAGAUCAUACCCCCAAGACAUGCUCACCUCUCAACAUUACCAAUAACAGGGAGGAGGUUAGCAUUUUGGGGGUAUGAUAUUUAUGCCUCUAACUUUCUCACUCAUCAUUAUUCACGAUUCAUUCAUGAUUAUCUGUAAUCAAUGUAGCAUCCACAUGAAUGUAGAAGUGUUCAGAAACAUAUUAUAUUCUUAACUGCAAUAAAAAUGACUCCAAAAUGACACAAUGCAUUAUUUACCAUUCAUUUCUAUUGGGCACAACAUCAUCUGAAACACAAACAAAACAAACUGCAAAUGCAUCCAACAAGUUUGUAGAGUCACACAAGCUUGAUGUGGGGUGUUCAUUGCGUACUAGGAAUAUGGGACCAAAUUAGGGAUGUGACAAAUACACAAAUUUUCUUCAUGUUUAAAAGGCCAUUUAUUUAACUUCUAAACGUUAAUAAAAAAAAAACAUAAAAUGACAUGUGAAUUCACAAUGCAGAUAUGGUCCUGUGUAUGAGCAUGGCUACCAGACAGCACUCACCUUACUGUUGUUCCCCACCCCCACCCCCACCCCCACCCCCACCCAGCAGACCGAGGAGAAGAGAAAAUAGUGUGCCUUCAUUUUGCAAAAUUUGAACGGUUAUAGCGGUGAUCGUUGACAUUUGCUUGACAAAUAACCUUAACCCAAAAUUCCAUGACCGUCACAGCCUUAGGUAGAUGUGCAACUGCGGGAGUUAGAACUAAAGGCAAAAUUGGAGCAACAGAAAUUAGAGUUGGAAUACAGGAAAAGGGAACUCAAGUUAGAGCAGAUAGAAAAAUAAAAAGAACGUUCAGCCAGACUAGAACAAGAAGAACGUGUAUCCAAACAACAAGAACAGAAACGUGAGCAUGCCAUUCGAUUUAAAAGCUAUAGAUCUGGAAGCACGCCGAAGAGAGAUAGAUCUGGAAGUACUCCGAAUCCAGUCAGGCCAUCCUGUACCCUCAACAGAGUUUGAUCUUGGUCAGAACAGCCGGCUUGUACCGCCUUUCAACGAAAAGGUGGAAGUAUGUUUUACUCUGUUUGAGUGGAUUGCCACGUCCCCGAAAUGGGCGUGAGAAAUCUGGUCACUGUCGGAGUGACUUUGUUAGUUCCCUUUUCUGUGAGCGACGACAUUUUGAGUUUGUCUUUUGGAAACGUAACACUGUCCAAAUUAAUACAUAGGGUAGUGUAUGUUAUUCUCUUCUGUAGUGUUAUGGUAACAAGCUCUAUAUCACUGUAUGAGAUAUAUGUAUUGGCUAGGAAUUGCCAGGGACCUCACGAUACAAUAUUAUCACGAUACUUAAGUGCCGAUACGAUAUGUAUUGUAGGGUGUCCAUCCACUCUGCCCAGAGUGGGUGAAAACGCGCUUUGGUGAUGACAUUUCACUUCCUUAUGUUAGAAAAUACAUUUUACAAAGACAAAUAUGGUUAUUCAUGUUCUGAAUCGUUCAGUGGGGUCUUUCUCUAACAUAUCAUUAGCUUUAUAUCCAAAACGUCGGAUUUCGUAACCUAAUACAUCCGAUAAUAAGCACCGAGCUCUGUUGACAUAGCGAUGCAGGUUUCUUGUAACAACUCCUUUUACAUUUUGUGGUGUCUUGAAAAUUGUUUCCGCGAGUCGCAAAAAGCUAAAUUGGCAUGACAGGAGCUGAAUUAAAUGUAAAAGGUUUUGAAAAUAAAAAGCUUGCGGUACGCUCAGUGCGCCGUUGACAUUUCAUAGAUACGCUUGUUUUUGUGUGUAAUCUUUGAAAAAGAACAGUAAUUUCAAAUGAAUAUGAAAAGUCCAAACUCCUGAGUGGCGCAGUGGUCUAAGGCACUGCAUCGCAGUGCUAACUGUGCCACUAAAGAUCCUGGUUCGAAUCCAGGCUCUGUCGCAGCCGGCCGCGACCGGGAGACUCAUGGGCGGCGCACAAUUGGCCCAGCGUCGUCCAGGGUAGGGGAGGGAAUGGCCGGCAGGGAUGUAGCUCAGUUGAUAGAGCAUGGUGUUUGCAACGCCAGGGUUGUGGGUUCGAUUCCCACGGGGGGCCAGUAUAAAAAAAUAAAUAUGUAUUCACUAACUGUAAGUCGCUCUGGAUAAGAGCAUCUGCUAAAUGACUAAAAUGUAAAUGUAAAAGCGUAUACUAAAAUAUAAAAUACUACGUCAUGUCUCAAAAUCGAUAUUCAUCUUACCUCUAUAUUUUUUUUAUGUCCUGCAGAUUUGAGAAGAAAGAUGACGAGUUCAACGGGAAAGUGAGCCUGUCAGGUAGCCAGUAGCCUUAAUUUUUGCACAGAAUCCAGCCUAGCUGGCGCGAUGCAAUUUUCCUGUUUUUUUACCACUUUUCUUCUCUGGCCUCCAUUAAGUUAGUCACCCUAAUUCUGGCCAUCCUAGUGUUUAUGUACGUAAGAACUCCAAUAAGUUUUGAACAGAUUAUGAUAGAGACAUGAGGUUUGGACCAUUGGUUUUCUUAAAGGAUUAUCUAGACAAUGAACAUAUUGGUCGAAAUAUUUGUUUUUGAUUGGACACCCUAUGUAGUAUUGCGAUUCGAUACUGCGAUUUUGUGAUUCGAUGUUCCAAACAUAUUGCUCACCAAAUUUCUGCUGCAGAGGGACUAGAGCCAUGAGAAAAGUUUUCAUCAGUCAUGGAAAUAAAAUAACUGGAAAAAAUUGAGUUUGGUGCAGGUACAGCCGACUAGCGCAAAAAUAAUAGUGAUAUUAUAAAAAAUAAUGUAAUCAAUUUUAGAAUAAGGCUGUAACGUAACAAAAUGUGGUAAAAGUCAAGGGUUCUGAAUGCUUUCCGAAUGCCCUGUAUCUCGGUUUGAUAUAUAUUCACCUUUAGUCUCCCUGUCCCUGUAGGGUUAUGGUAACAAGGGCAUCACGCUGUAUGAUAUCCGUGCUGAGUUGAGCUGCAGGUAUAAGGACCUGAGAGUUCCUUACAGAGCUCCUAACACUGAGGAGGUGUUUAACCUGCUCACCAAGGAGACACCUGAGACCUUCUAUAUAGGUAACACACACACACACCUUCUACAUAGGUAACACACACACACAUACACCUUUACAUUCUAUGUAACUAACACAAAUACUGCUCACAUACUCACGACCUUGUCUCUCCUCCUCUCCCUCCCUGUUCGUCUCCAGGGAAGCUGAUCACCAGUGUAGUGACAGGCAUUGCUCACCGGCGCCCCCAAGGGGAGAGUUAUGACCAGGCCAUCAGGAACGACUCUACAGGACUGUGGCAGUGCCCUUUCUGUCAACAGGACAACUUCCCUGAACUCAGCGAGGUGAGAUACCCUGACCUCUAACCCCUCAGCCCACGGCUUCUGACCUUUAGCCACUCACUCAUUUCACUCAUUACCCAUUUAUGACUUUAAAUGGUGGUUUUGGAGAGUGUAAAUAAAAGACACUUUAGAGGAAAGCUGUUAAAUAUUUUGGUUGGUCUCCCUCCUCUUAUCCUUCUUCCUUUCUCUCCCUUCCUCCCUCCUUUCCCCCUCUCUCUCUGCUAGGUGUGGAACCAUUUUGACAGUGGAUCGUGUCCGGGCCAGGCCAUCGGUGUGAGGUCUCGAAUGGACAACGGUGUCCAGGGCUUCAUCCCCACCAAGUUCCUCAGUGACAAGGUGGUCAAGCACCCUGAGGAGAGGGUCAAGGUGAGACACAGACACACACUGUCACACAAACACACAUUCACAUGCUUUCUCUCUCUCUCUCACACACACACACACACACCGUCCAGCACUAACACAUCUGAAUCAAGUAAUCAUGCAGGUCUUGUAGCUCUCCAGGACCAGGGUUAGAGAAAUCUUCUGCAGUUGUUGCCUGGAGUUAGUUGAGUUCCUGUACAAGCGUUCACCCGUCUCUCCUCGUCUCCCCUCCUCCCUCUCCCAGGUGGGUAUGACAGUACACUGUCGCAUCAUGAAGAUUGACAUUGAGAAGUUCAACGUGGACCUGACGUGUCGUACGUCUGACCUGAUGGAUAAGAACAAUGAGUGGAAGCUUCCUAAAGACACCUACUACGACUUUGACGCAGAGACAGAAGACACUAAGACAGAGGAGGAACUCAAGAAGAAACAACAGAGAACCAGUCAGUAUACACAUCUAGUAAACAAUAGUAUAGUAUACAGAGAAUAAGCUGUCAGAGCCAGUUAGGGCUGGCACAAUUACUGUAUAACUGUGUAAUUGACGGUUAUGGAUGAAGACUGUCAUGAAAAUAACAUAAUCAAAUAACAAACUUUUUGUGGAAAGAACAGCUGACUGGUGCGGUUGAAUCCGUUUCUCUACAGUAACAUGGACAUGAGACUUUGUUGCGCCGUGCUGAAACAAGCAGGGUUUUGUAGCAAACAAGUCUUUGGUUGCCUAGGCAAUGACCCCCUCCUUGUAACAGCAGCACAUGCAGUCAGGAAUGGAGAAGAGGAGAAAAUGUGCAUCUUUAAAAAAAACUUUACAAACUACAUUUUUUUGCUAUUAUGCCAGUUAAUAUACUGGGGCAGGCUUAGGGCUGAAACCAGCCAGCUUAUGAAUGUAUUUUGUUCUUUGAACUUAGUAAACAAAAAAGACCACAAUGUUCUUAACCUUACUCUUCCCUUUCCUACUUUCCUCUCCUUCCUCGGUCUGUCUUUCCUCCCUCUAUCCACCCUCUUUCCCUCUCUCUUCUCUCCAGCCUAUAUAAAGCGUGUGAUCGCCCACCCGUCCUUUCACAACAUCAACUUCAAGCAGGCUGAGAAGAUGAUGGAGUCCAUGGACCAGGGAGAUGUUGUAAUCAGGCCCAGCAGCAAGGGAGAAAACCACCUCACUGUCACAUGGAAGGUAUGGAGGGAGGGGGGAAUAAGGAAAUGGAGAAGUGCUUUCAAUGAAUGGAUUGAUACGGGCUUGUAAUGUUCAUUCAUGGACAAACAGGUUGGUUGGUUGAUUGAUUAUUGAUUUGGGAUGCUAAUUCUUGUUGUAGGUGGCUGAUGGUAUCUACCAGCAUGUGGAUGUGAGAGAGGAGGGCAAGGAGAACGCCUUCAGCCUGGGACACACCCUCUGGAUCAACACAGAGGUAGGGACUCUGUUUGUCGUUACCUCAGUGGCACACGCACAGAGUGUGUACGUGUGUGCAUUAUUCACACGCUUAAAGAGAGCUGACCAAAUUCACAUAGAAAAGUCAGUUAGAGAUCUGUCAUUGUCAUUGAAAGCAAGUUUGGUAAGCAGUAGAUCCGUUCUAUGUGCGGUAUUUCUAUGCUUCCUGUCCAUAAGUUUUGUUUUUGGGUCUUUGUACUUUCGGUUUUGUACAUCAGCUUCAAACUGCUGAAAAUAUGAUAUUUCUAGUUAUUUAAAAUAUAUUUCACAUUGGAUUAUAGUAAGAUGAUUCUCUACUACACUAUACAUUGCUUUUUGUCACAUAAACUGAAAUUAGGUGAACAUUUUAAAAGUUUAGCAACCAGGCAAUAGAGGGGUAAGGAGGAGGAGUCUACCGUGUCCGGAAGCGAAUUCACCAUACAUUUUCUGUAUUCAGGGUUCACACAAACAUCGUUUUAAGCUUUGUUUUACUAUUGACAGUUACAGCUGAUUUCGGGAUUGUAUAUCAGUUUGCUCUCCUAAAUAUAAGUCAUCUGAUUUAUUCGUUUCAGUUUCUGAAUUGUUUAAUCAAACUUUUCGCUGCCAGCUCCUGAUAUCAGGGCAUAAAAACUACAAUCUGUCUCCUGAAUUAGCCUAGUGGCAGGUGUGCCCAAUUGGCGUACAUAGACACUAGGCCCGAGCUGGCUUACCCCGGUUUUCCCAGGCUAAACUAGCUGAACUAUGCCAGUUUUCGUCCUCAUUGCCAGACUUCAUAUAUACUGCACUUCAAAACUCCUUUGUUAGUUAUACAAUCAUGUAACUUAGAAAUUCGGGCAGCCUCUCCCCGCUUGGCGCGAUGGGAUACAGUACCUUCUGAAAGUAUUCAUAUCCCUUUACUUAUUCCACAUGUUGUGUUACAGCCUGAAUUCAAAAUGCAUUAAAUAAAACAACAUCUCACUGAUCUACACACAAUACCCCAUAAUGACAAAGUAAAAACAUGUUUUUUGACAUUUUAGAAUUUUCUUUGAAAAUGAAAUACAGAAAUAUCUAAUUUAAGUAUUCACACUCCUAAGUCAAUACUUUGUAGAAGCACCUUUGGCAGCGAUUACAGCUGUGAGUCUUUCUGGGUAAGUCUCUAAGAGAUUUCCACACCUGGAUUGUGCAACAUUUGCCCAUUAUUCUUUUCAAAAUUCUUCAAGCUCUGUCAAAUUGGUUGUUGAUCAUUACUAGACAGCCAUUUUCAGGUUUUGCCUUAGAUUUUCUAAACUGUAAAUCGGCCACUCAGGAACAUUCACUGUCUUCUUGGUAAGCAACUCCAGUGUAGAUUUGGCCUUGUGUUUUAGGUUAUUGUCCUGCUGAAAGGUGAACUAAUCUCCCAGUGUCUGGUGGAAGGCAGACUGAACCAGGUUUUCCUCUAGGAUUUUGCCUGUGCUUAGCGCCAUUCCGUUUCUUUUUUAUCCUGAAAAACUACACAGUCCUUAACGAUUACAAGCAUACCGAUAACAUGAUGCAGCCACCACUAUGCUUAAAAUUAUGGAGAGUGGUAUUUAGUAAUGUAUUGGAUUUGCCCCAAACAUAACACUUUCUACUCAGGACAAAAAGUUUUUUUUGCAGUAUUACUUUAGUGCCUUGUUUUGGAAUAUUGCAUGUUUUGGAAUAUUUGUAUUCUGUACAGGCUUCCUUCUUUUCACUUUGUCAAUUAGGUUAGUAUUGUGGAGUAACUACAAUGUUGUUGAUCCAUCCUCAGUUUUCUCCUAUCACAGCCAAAGGCGGUACCUAGUGAAUUGCACAACUGAAUUCAUUCAACCGAAAUGAAUGCAUUUCAAACUAAAUGAAUGCAUCUCAAACUAAAUGAAUGCAUCUCAAACUAAAUGAAUGCAUCUCAAACUAAAUGAAUGCAUCUCAAACUAAAUGAAUGCAUUCAAAAGAAAUGUUCAACCGAAAUUAAUCAGAGAGGUGUGGGGGGCUGCCUUAAUCGACAUCCACAGACGUACGGGUAGCAGUUGUUUUUGGGGGUUAACUGCCUUGCUCUAUCUUAUUUGUUGAUAAAAUCUGACUUUAUUAAUAUAAUGAGUAAUCCAGGAAUUUCACGGGUUAAUUGACUGGAGAAAACUAGUGAAAAUAGCAACUCUACAGAUCGCAAUGGCUACAAUUAAUGGCUAAAUUAAUUCCAGACACUAAGAGUCCGCGGAGCUCCUCCUCACCACUCUAUGGCGCAACGUUUUCUACAUAUUGCGCCUUUAAAGAGAGAGUUCACCCAAAAUACAAUAUGACAUAUUGGUUUCCUUACCCUGUAAGCAGUCUAUGGACAAGAUAUGACAGUAAUCCAUCAAUGUUUCCACAUGCUAACUUUAGCAUUUGUGGCACAAAUCACAUUCAAGUCAUGGGACCAAUAUUGGCAUUUGUAGCGUAUCAUGUUCAAAUAAGUGACUUUGCUUCACAAUCAAUUUUAGGCCAUACAAAGUUGAUUUACUGUUUAACGGAUUUUUAAAAAAAAAUGUUUUAAGUGUGGUGAUCGACCAAAGUAAUACAAAAAAUGUUAUGAAAAAAUGCAAAACUAUUUUGACCUCUUGUAAAAAUACUAAACAACCUUAGUACAACACCUAGUGACAUUAGCCUUUCGAUAUAAUGGUGUUGGAAUGACAGUCACAGGACCAUUUGGGUGAACUGUCAGUUUAAUUCAUCAGUCUCGCUCUUUCUUCUCUUUCUCUCUCUCUGUAGGAGUUUGAGGAUCUUGAUGAGAUCACAGCUCGUUAUAUUCAGCCAAUGGCAGCGUUUGCUCGCGACCUCCUGGGACAUAAGUACUUCCAGGACUGUAACGGAGGGAACAGGAAGGUAUGGGGGGGGGGGGGGGGUAAAUAUUGUCAUAACCACAGGAAGUGGCACAGAGUAUUAGUGUUUAUUUUGAUCAACCUCAAGUAUCUCACAGAGUAUUUGUUUUACAAACACUUACAAAGAAACGAACCUCCUUCCUGUCUAUAAAACAUGUUUGAUCGCUCUAGUGACAAUUGUUUGUUUCUAUUAUUCUCUAUUUAUAGCGCUACAUAUCUCCUUUUUAUUCAUCUACUCAUCUUUUGUGACCCUCUUUCUGUCUCUCCCUCCGUCGGUCUGUGUAGAAAAUGGAGGAAUUGUUGAUUAAGUCUAAAAAGGAGAAGCCUGCGUUCAUCCCCUACUUUGUCUCAGCCUGUAAAGACCUGCCUGGGAAGUUCAUUUUGGGGUACCAACCUCGUGGAAAACCACGGUGAGUUACCAUGACUACAGCUAACUAACCCUAACCAUGGUGAGUUACCAUGACUAUAGCUAACUAACCCUAACCAUGGUGAGUUACCAUGACUACAGCUAACUAACCCAAACCAUGGUGAGUAACCAUGACUACAGCUAACCUAACCCAAACCACUGUGAGUAAACAUGACUACAGCUAACUAACCCAAACCACAGUGAGUUACCAUGACUAUAGCUAACUAACCCUAACCAUGGUGAGUUACCAUGACUACAGCUAACCCUUUACCCAAACCACGAUGAGUUGCCCUAACUACUGAACUUAGGUACAGUUAAUUUACUGGGCUGGUCCAACUCAAGGUGUCAUUAAAAGAAAAAUGCGCCCCCCUCCCCAACAUUACAAUUAUUUUCACAUGACCCUCCCCUUGUAUUUAAAAAAAAAAAAUGCACACCCUUCCCCCUCAUAUAAUUAACUCAAAAUAAUGUUUACGACCACAAAUAACAAUAACUGUAGCGACCCUGUGUUUAUAAACAUGGCUAUCAACUUUGCCACUUUAGCAUGCUUUUGUGGCAGAGUCGAUGCCACGCAGGGCUACGGGCCAGAAGGUUAAGGGUCCGCCGACCACCACAGACGAGCUCACUCUCCCUGCCUGUUUCAUUAGGCCUAUACUACGAUCAGAGCCGGCUGCAGACCAAUGAUCAGCAAGGUGGAAAUUAGAUUUUCAACAUGUUGAUGCCAUAUUUAUAAUUAUAUAACAUAUAUGCAACACAUUUUUGACCAACAGGUUUCUGUGCCAAUGCACCACACAACCAAUAAACAAAGCAUACCGACUUCUGGCGCUUCAUGGUUUGCUUUUUCGACACCACAAUAAAUAGUCUGUCAAUGUCGACAAAGAGAGAAUGCAUCCCUCCCUACCUUGUAGGCCGACCCAGUAUCGAAGGCUUGACAAUCUCUGAAUGUCAUUAAACUUUUUGGUGUUUUGUAACAGAUGUCUCUUUCCAUUCAUCAAAUGGCCACUGCACAGUUUGGAUUGAUUGAUUGUAUUUGUCAGUAAAAAAAAGUACAUAUACACACAGUAUAAAGUGACUGUGACUGCACAAUAAAGUCAGACUUAUUUCCAUUGUGGUCCCUAUUUUUGACAUAAAUAAAUAUACAAUUACAUAGACACAUUACAGAGAUACAGACAAAAAUAGGUUCUGCUGUUCACACAUUAGCCAGCUUUUGAUAUUCUUUUAAAAAGUGGGUAUGGCUUUGAGUUGCUGUGGUAGUUUGUUCCACUCAACAGCGCCGGUAUAUAAAAAUGUGUUCUUACCAGAUAUAUUCACUGUAAAUAUAAGAGUCUUAGAGUCACUUGCUCUGGUAUUAUGCUGGUAGACAUCUGUAACAAAUAAAAAAUGGUUGGAUAGGUACCUGGGGGCUAAUUCUGUGGACCAGACCAAGUUGAAUUAGUACUACUCUUUUUUUCUCCACAGAUAGCCAGCCUAACUGCUUAAAAUGCAGUACAAUUCAAAUAAGUACAAUUCUUAUAAGCUUGUUUUGGCUGGUCUGCAGCUUUUUCUUUAGAUGUUUGGGGCUUCUGGUGAACCAUGAUGUGCAGGCGUAAUCAAAGUGACACUGGACAAGCGCACUUGCCAGUAUUCAAACAUUUGCAUGAAAACAGAGUUGUUUCCAUCAAAUUGACUUGUUGCGGAUAAAAGUGCAUAAAUAUGUAGUCCACAUAAAAAUAACUUCUGCAGUUAAGUUCCCAUGUACCGGAUAAAAAUGGGUUUCCAAGUUAUAUGGGUUUCCAUCACAUUUUCAACUCUAGGCCUACUGAUGGUUUUGUCACAAAAAGUGGUGCUUAUGUAUAGCAAAUGUACCCACUCUGGUAUUUGUCAAACGGCAGCCAAGCAUCUAUCAUGUCACCAGCAUAAGACCCUCGACAUGUACUCACAUAAAAAGGUUGGGUGGAAACCUGGUUAAUGUCAAGCCAUUUUGAGGAUGCUGGAAUUAUAUUUUGGAUGAACGCGCUUUUGAAGUAGCUUAAUCAGAUUAAAACAUUGUGACUGGUUGGGUUUAUAAAAGGUAAUACUUUUUCAAAGUUAAAUGACAAAUAUUUAGGCUAUAUUGAAGUGUUAGGUUCUAGGUACACGAGGAAUAGCCGCUUGGAUUGGAGAAGAGGCAGAGCGAGCGUUAAGCUUUCCUGAAUAACUGGGCCUUCCGGGAGCAUAUGUGGUCACAUUAUUAUAGGACGACUUUGGAGAAUGAUGAUCUACAACAGACAGCGCAUCUCAGUAUCAGAAAUAAAAAUACAGCCAGACUGGCAUGCCACUGUGCCUUUCUAGACCUUAUAAACUGUCUUGAGUAGACUCACAACUGAUCCAAAUGGAAUGAAACAUUCAAAUCACAGGGCUUUUGCACCGUUAUUCAAAUUUCAUUUUCACUGCAACCUAGAGUCGAAUGUUGUACUCACUUGAAAACAAUAAUGCACUUAUUCAUUGCAUUGUGGUGUUGUAGGCUUAUUUAAGUAGGAUGUAAAAAAAAAAAAAAAAAAAAGGGGGGGGGGGGGGGGGGGGGGGGGGCUUUUUGAGCUGCAUGUCUCAUGUCUUCACUGUUUUUUCAUGCACAAUGAUGCACCUGGCCUCUCCACUGCCUACCAGCUAUUCCUAUUUGUUCUUGUGGAUUCAUAUUGAAAAUGUACGCAUCUUUGAAUGCUUUUAUGUGUGGUAUGAUUGCUAGUGAGCCUAUUUCAGAUCUGGACAAACGAUCCACCUACCACUAUUGUCACUAUGAAUGGUGGAUAGAGGGCAGAAUAUAUAGUUGGACUGGAAGACUAUACCCACUGGGCACAGACAUCAAUUAAACAUCUAUUCCACGUUCAACGUAAUUUCAUUAAAAUGACGUGGAAACAACGUUGAUUCAAUCAGUGUGUGCCCAGUGGGUACGGACCUGUGGUAUAGUAAAGGUUAGCGCGCGGAAAAGCAUAGUGCAUAAGGGAAGUACCAAAACACCUUGAUAUAAGGGAGGAAGGGCCGCAACUUUCACUGGGGACGGGGAACAUUCUAAAAUUGCAUUUUUGUCCCCCCCCCCAGUUUUAUCAUUGCACUGUGAUACUAAAAGUGGCAUUCACUGUAUUAUUAUUAGUCAUUUAGGCCUACAGUGGACAUGUGUUUUGCAGAACUCACAACCUAUGCUACACUUGUGAGAAACAAGUUUUUGUUUAUUUCAUUCCAUUUGAGUUUUGUCAAUCUAUUUGUCUUUUGUUUAAAACGCUGCUGUCAAUGUUGAGUAAGGACGCGCAACUGAUUAUGCAUAUAAGUAGGACUAGUCUACAUCUGCGCGCAAAUGUAGGCCUAUAAAUGUGCCCAUUUGGGGAUGUCUGAUACUAUUUCUGAUUGUCUUAACUCGCCACCACUAAUGAGCAGUGGAGCUUCUCAAAGUAAUUUUUCUUCACCUCAAACAGCAAGUAAACUAAGUCUGUUUUUAGAAUCAAUUGAGAAUGACAAUAGUUCCUCAAAGUUUUUGAACAAUAUUUCCAACUCUCACUUUCGAUAACCACUCGAUAUGAAAGGGAAAAAUGUAAUGGUCUGAUCCAGAGGAAACGUCAUAAAAUAUGUGAUUACUUCUUAUCUCUUGUACAAAUAGCCUACAGCUGUGUCUGGCCCGAGCUCAUUGGCCCGGGAAACUCUGAGGGCCCAGAAUGUUUUAUACAAUGUUUCAAGUUUGAUAGCGCGAGUUUCGGGCGACCCAGUUGAUAGUUGAUACAAUAUAUCAAAUUUGUUGCAGGCAGGCCAUACGUAGCCAAUGUGAUUUAUAGGAUAUUUAUAUUUAUCAGGAUAUUUUCUACCUGCAGGCUGCAAUGCUUUAAUGUGUUGGCUUUAUGUAGGAUAUUUUUACAUAGUUCACAAUGGCAUUAAGUUACUUUUAGAUUUGUAUAAUUUUCAUUUAGAUUUAGAUCGAAUGUAGAUUAACCACAGACAAUGAUGUUGAGAUACAAGGACUAUUAAAAUGAAAUUAAACUGUUCCACGAAAAUGUGCAUAUGAAAAUCCUAGCUGUCACUCAGAUUGGUAGAAAUGGUAAGAUAAAUUGGCACUCCAAAUGGAAAAGGUUGCAGACCGCUGGUGUAGCCUAUUACCGGCAACUUCAGGAGCGUAAUGGCAGAAUCUGUGAAUGCCAGCAGCAGCAAGAUGAGGGUCGGGAACAGGUUUGUCUUCUUCUGGUUAGUCUAUCUCGAUCUCUGGCUCCCUCUUGAGUCAUUUGUGUGUCUUAAUUAUUUUAUCAAACAGCCUGCUUAAAGCGUCAGACAAGUUCAGUACAUAUAGCCUACCUAGUUGAUUUUAUUUAAACACAUACAGUGAGGGAAAAAAGUAUUUGAUCCCCUGCUGAUUUUGUACGUUUGCCCACUGACAAAGAAAUGAUCAGUCUAUCAUUUUAAUGGUAGGUUUAUUUGAACAGUGAGAGACAGAAUAACAACAAAAAAAUCAAGAAAAACGCAUGUCAAAAAUUUUAUAAAUUGAUUUGCAUUUUAAUUAGGGAAAUAAGUAUUUGACCCCCUCUCAAUCAGAAAGAUUUCUGGCUCCCAGGUGUCUUUUAUACAGUUAACGAGCUGAAAUUAGGAGCACACUCUUAAAGGGAAUGCUCCUAAUCUCAGUUUGUUACCUGUAUAAAAGACACCUGUCCACAGAAGCGAUCAAUCAGAUUCCAAACUCUCCACCAUGGCCAAGACCAAAGAGCUCUCCAAGGAUGUCAGGGACGAGAUUGUAGACCUACACAAGGCUGGAAUGGGCUACAAGACCAUUGCCAAGCAGCUUGGUGAGAAGGUGACAACAGUUGGUGCGAUUAUUCGCAAAUGGAAGAAACACAAAAGAACUGUCAAUCUCCCUCGGCCUGGUGCUCCAUGCAUGAUCUCAACUCGUGGAGUUGCAAGGAUCAUGAGAACGGUGAGGAAUCAGCCCAGAACUACACGGGAGGAUCUUAUCAAUGAUCUCAAGGCAGCUGGGACCAUAGUCACCAAGAAAACAAUUGGUAACACACUACACCGUGAAGGACUGAAAUCCUGCAGUGCCCGCAAGGUCCCCCUGCUCAAGAAAUCACAUAUACAGUGGGGGAAAAAAGUAUUUAGUCAGCCACCAAUUGUGCAAGUUCUCCCACUUAAAAAGAUGAGAGAGGCCUGUAAUUUUCAUCAUAGGUACACGUCAACUAUGACAGACAAAUUUAGAUUUUUUUUCUCCAGAAAAUCACAUUGUAGGAUUUUUUAUGAAUUUAUUUGCAAAUUAUGGUGGAAAAUAAGUAUUUGGUCACCUACAAACAAGCAAGAUUUCUGGCUCUCACAGACCUGUAACUUCUUCUUUAAGAGGCUCCUCUGUCCUCCACUCGUUACCUGUAUUAAUGGCACCUGUUUGAACUUGUUAUCAGUAUAAAAGACACCUGUCCACAACCUCAAACAGUCACACUCCAAACUCCACUAUGGCCAAGACCAAAGAGCUGUCGAAGGACACCAGAAACAAAAUUGUAGACCUGCACCAGGCUGGGAAGACUGAAUCUGCAAUAGGUAAGCAGCUUGGUUUGAAGAAAUCAACUGUGGGAGCAGUUAUUAGGAAAUGGAAGACAUACAAGACCACUGAUAAUCUCCCUCGAUCUGGGGCUCCACGCAAUAUCUCACCCCGUGGGGUCAAAAUGAUCACAAGAACGGUGAGCAAAAAUCCCAGAACCACACGGGGGGACCUAGUGAAUGACCUGCAGAGAGCUGGGACCAAAGUAACAAAGCCUACCAUCAGUAACACACUACGCCGCCAGGGACUCAAAUCCUGCAGUGCCAGACGUGUCCCCCUGCUUAAGCCAGUACAUGUCCAGGCCUGUCUGAAGUUUGCUAGAGUGCAUUUGGAUGAUCCAGAAGAGGAUUGGGAGAAUGUCAUAUGGUCAGAUGAAACCAAAAUAGAACUUUUUGGUAAAAACUCAACUCGUCGUGUUUGGAGGACAAAGAAUGCUGAGUUGCAUCCAAAGAACACCAUACCUACUGUGAAGCAUGGGGGUGGAAACAUCAUGCUUUGGGGCUGUUUUUCUGCAAAGGGACCAGGACGACUGAUCUGUGUAAAGGAAAGAAUGAAUGGGGCCAUGUAUCGUGAGAUUUUGAGUGAAAACCUCCUUCCAUCAGCAAGGGCAUUGAAGAUGAAACGUGGCUGGGUCUUUCAGCAUGACAAUGAUCCCAAACACACCGCCCGGGCAACGAAGGAGUGGCUUCGUAAGAAGCAUUUCAAGGUCCUGGAGUGGCCUAGCCAGUCUCCAGAUCUCAACCCCAUAGAAAAUCUUUGGAGGGAGUUGAAAGUCCGUGUUGCCCAGCGACAGCCCCAAAACAUCACUGCUCUAGAGGAGAUCUGCAUGGAGGAAUGGGCCAAAAUACCAGCAACAGUGUGUGAAAACCUUGUGAAGACUUACAGAAAACGUUUGACCUGUGUCAUUGCCAACAAAGGGUAUAUAACAAAGUAUUGAGAAACUUUUGUUAUUGACCAAAUACUUAUUUUCCACCAUAAUUUGCAAAUAAAUUCAUUAAAAAUCCUACAAUGUGAUUUUCUGGAUUUUUUUUUCUCAUUUUGCCUGUCAUAGUUGACGUGUACCUAUGAUGAAAAUUACAGGCCUCUCUCAUCUUUUUAAGUGGGAGAACUUGCACAAUUGGUGGCUGACUAAAUACAUUUUUUCCCCACUGUACAUGGCCGUCUGAAGUUUGCCAAUGAACAUCUGAAUGAUUCAGAGGAGAACUGGGUGAAAGUGUUGUGGUCAGAUGAGACUAAAAUUGAGCUCUUUGGCAUCAACUCAACUCGCCGUGUUUGGAGGAGGACGAAUGCUGUCUAUGACCCCAAGAACACCAUCCCCACCGUCAAACAUGGAGGUGGAAACAUUAUGCUUUGGGGGUGUUUUUCUGCUAAGGGGACAGGACAACUUCACCGCAUCAAAGGGACGAUGGACGGGCCAAGUUCCCUCAGCCAGGGCAUUGAAAAUGGGUCGUGGAUGGGUAUUCCAGCAUGACAAUGACCCAAAACACACGGCCAAGGCAACAAAGGAGUGGCUCAAGAAGAGGCACAUUAAGGUCCUGGAGUGGCCUAGCCAGUCUCCAGACCUUAAUCCCAUAGAAAAUCUGUGGAGGGAGCUGAAGGUUUGAGUUGCCAAACGUCAGCCUCAACCUUAAAGACUUGGAGAAGAUCUGCAAAGAGGAGUGGGACAAAAUCCCUCCUGAGAUGUGUGCAAACGUGGUGGCCAACUACAAGCAACGUCUGACCUCUGUGAUUGCCAACAAGGGUUUUGCCACCAAGUACUAAGUCAUGUUUUGCAGAGGGGUCAAAUACUUAUUUCCCUCAUUAAAAUGCAAAUCAAUUUAUAAAAUUUUUGACGUGUUUUUUCUGGAUUUUUUUGUUGUUAUUCUGUCUCUCACUGUUCAAAUAAAACUACCAUUAAAAUUAUAGACUGAUCAUUUCUUUGUCAGUGGGCAAACAUACAAAAUCAGCAGGGGAUCAAAUACUUUUUUCCCUCACUGUAGGGUCUGUCUAUAUAUGGAAAAAUAAACGUUAAAAAAUUUACACCAAUCGAUUGGUUGUUGUUGUCGGGGACAGCCCUAGUAGAAAUGCAGGAAAUGAGCUUUAGAUGGCCAAAAAAUUCUGAGGAAGGUCCUCCAGACCCACUGCCAGGUUAUGUCCCUCUCACUUUUAAAACCAAAGUUGCGCCCCUGAGGGGAGGCGAUUGAAAGCAGAUGAGGAAAUUUGGCUUGGAUGGCAGAAAUGAUAUAGUAAAACCUGCAAAAGAGUGAAUGUAAACCAGGGGGAAAACGCACUACCCUCCCCUGUGCCCAAUAAAAAAAACACACACAACCCUCCCCAAAAAGUCCGAUUUUGCAACCUAAUACAUCCGAUAAUAAGCACUGAGCUUUGUUGACAGAGCGGUGUGCUUUCUCGCAACGACUUUUGAGGAUUUUAGAUGUUGUGGUGGUAAUCUGCAAAGUUGUUUCUGUGGGUCGUAAAAAGCCAAAUUAACAUGACACAAACUGAAUUAAAUGUAAAAGGCUUUGAAAAUAAAAAGCUUGUGGUACGGUCAGUGCUCCAUUGACAUUUCAUAGAGAUAUGCUUGUUUUGUGAGAAAUCUUGAAAAAAUAACAGGAAUUUUGCAUUAAUAUGAAAAGCAUAUACUAAAAUAUAAAAAUACUUCAUGUCAUGUCUUAAAAUCUAUCUUAACUCUAUAUUGUUUUAUGUCCUGCGGAUUCGACAAGAAAGAUGACAAGUUCAGGAGGAAAGUGGACCUGUCAGGUAGCCUUCAUUCAGCCUGUCAAGUAGGCUUGAUGCAGUGCAAUUUUUCUUAUGUUUAUUCACUUUUUUUCUCUGGCCUCCGUUGAUUUAGUCACCCUAAUUUUGGGCGUCGUACAAUGGUAAAACUCCCAACUUUUGAACGGAUUGUGAUAGAGACAUGAGGUUUGGACCAUUGGUUUUCUUAGAGGAUUAUCUACACUUUUAACAUUAUUUUACCCAUUGGUCAAAAUAUGCGUUUUUGAUUGGACACCCUAAACUCUAAACCUUUUACCUUUAACCAUUACAGUUCGGAGCAGCUGACUGUUCUGAGUGAGGUGAUGUGUUGUAUCUGAAUCUGUCCUGUUGUCCUCUGCUCCGUGUCUGCAGUGUUGAGUUUGUGACCAUCAGUCCUGACGGGUUCCGCUACCGCUCCCAGAUGUUCCCCACUGUUAACGGACUGUUCCGCUGGUUCAAAGACCACUUCCAGGAACCGGUACCAGGUAUGAGGGUCGUUCCACGAAUAGAGUACAUUUUGGGUAGUGUAACUUGAUUUAAAUAAAUAAAUAAAAAUAAUUUCACGGAAUGUUAACAUUCUGUCAUGUUUUCCCAACUCAAGGGGUUUUAAACAAAAUAAAAUACCAUUGUAAGUGCUAGGGUUGAGCGGAAUCCAGAUGUUCAUAUUGUCAUACCGUCCUUCUCUCAUCAUGGGAUUUACGGUAGUACCGUUUUAGUACACAAGGGGCAGUAAAACGCAAAAAAGCCCAUUAGGCGUUCAGUUCACAUACGUUUCAGCACCACACAAAUAAUGGACAGUUCCCUGAUCCACUGCGUGCGUGGCUGGUAGCCUAUAUGUCUGCCUCACCGCUCACAGAAUGGAAUUCGCAACACAACAAGCUCCUGGGUUUGCAAAAAAAUUAUCUUGAUUUAAAAGUUUUCUGACACGCAAUAUAAUUGUUCUGAAUCGUGAGCCGACCUGCGGGUUGAAUAAUAUUUUCAUUCCACCCGCCAGCAGAUACAUUUUUUUGAGGGUCAACCGUGGGUAACUUGUGGGUAUCCGCCCAGAUGCAAGAUGCUCUCACACACAGUCUCUCCCUCGCACAGGUUAGGCUCAGGUUAAAAACAAUUUCAUGAUACUAUUCGAAUAGUGACACUAUUUCAAACGCCCAUCCCUACUUUGUGCUAUUUUGGAUUGUAUUGGUUGUAUUUCUGUCUCUGUGUAACCAGGCAUCACCCCCAGCAGUAGUAGUCGAACACGGACACCUGCGUCUGUCAACGCUACACCAGCUAACAUCAACAUCGCAGGUCAGUCACACACACCAGCAAUUUUGAAUUUUUUUUGUGUUCUAUCCAAACAGAUACCCUAUAGAGUUACAGUAUUUCUGACUGUUGUCUUUCUCCCUCCUUCCUGCCCUCCCCCCUACGUAACUCUCUUUCUCUCUCUGUCUUUCAGACCUGACGCGAGCGGUCAACGCUCUCCCGCGCAACAUGACCUCUCAGAUGUUCAGUGCCAUCGCCGCGGUGACAGGGCAGGGCCAGGGCCAGAACGCAAACACCACGCCCGCCCAGUGGGGCUCCAGCCAAUACGGUUACACCGGGGGCAGCAGCGGGGGUGGGGGAGGCAACUCCUCAGCCUAUCACGUGAGUGCUUUUUAUGUUUUGGGUUUAUAGCACUAAUCGCUUUCCCAAUGGUCCAAUCGCUUUUCUAUUAUAUUGGGGUAUAAUUAAGGUAACUCACCUCAACCACUGCCAGUGUGUAGCACCCACCUGAGUGACGCUAAGGAAGCUUGCUGUGGCAGAAAGAUCAUCAAACAUAGACCAUAAUCACAUUGGAGAGAUGAAAAGUGAAUAGUGAAAUAUUAAAAAUGGAAUGUUCUCUUUCUUUACUGAUGUUUGCCACAAAUCAGUUGAUUGAUUGACGGACUGACUGAUUGAAUUACCGAUUGAUUUGCAGGUAUUUGCAACGCCCCAGCAGCCGAUGGCGACGCCCAUGAUGACCCCCAGCUACUCGUACACCACCCCCAGCCAGCAGACCAUGGGUACGCCCCAGUACCCCUCCUCCACCCCCUUGUCCUCCCACGGACACACCCACAGCAGCCACGGUCACACACAGAGCAGCCAUGGGCAUGGCCACAGCAGCAGCAGCAGCAGUCAACAUGGACACUCAUCCAACACACCUUCCUCCUCCUCCACCUCUUCCAGAGGACGCACGCCGCAGAAGCCUAAGUAAGUAGAGAUGGGGAGUGUGUGUGUGUGUGGUUUAGCUGGAUGUGUGGACGUGUGUGUAUAAGAUGGAGUUUAAAUAGUGUUCUAAGCCAAAUUCCAAAGGAUGUGCCCCCAGCCU